UAGAAGUACAAGAUUUCAUUCAUCCAAGUGAGAAGAAACUUCAUCAAAGAAUUUUGGCAGUGGGUGCUAGCUAUCACUGUAUUGAAAAUUUUAUCAAAUCUGUAACAGACCAAAAUAUCAUUAAUCUUCAGACAAAUAUUGAAAAAGAUUCAGUAAUUAAAUUUGAAGAUAAGAUUGCAACAAAGUGUGCUACGCCUGGGCUGUAUGUAAAAGCUUUUUGUCAAGGUGUAGAUAAAUGCUUGGAAGAGUAUAGAAGAGAUAUUGUAAAACUGGAGGAGUUGUUCCUUAAAAAUUGCAGUAUAAAUUUAACAUAUAUUCUUGGUUGUGUAGAAAAGUAUGUAACAUUAUUUGAUGCUUUGAAGUCAAUGGUUUAUAUGAUCCAGUCUGAUAGUAUCAGAGGUUGUCAAAUCAUUGGGAAAUUACAAAGAUAUUUGGAAAGUGGUACUGAAUCUGUAAACAAAGCUGCUACCAGGAUAAUUCAGUUUGUGAAUGUAAUAUUUUUUCGUCAACUCUGUAACUGGAUUAUUUAUGGAGAUCUGCUAGAUAUAAAUGAUGAAUUUUUUAUUUGUGAUGGAAAAGAUGUAGAUGAAAAUUUUAUUAAUGAAGAUCCUUCACAUCAGGAAGUAACUAAAUUUAGUGAUGCUGCUUUUGAUGCUCUGAAAAGUAGCAAACUGAAGAGACCUCCUCCAAUCCGCCGUUUUUUUUUAAGAGAAGAGUUAUUUCCUUUUGACAAUUCUAAACAUCUUGCUGAAGUAAUAUUAUUCAUAGGACAGAUUGUUUGGAUAAUUAGCAAUGGACCAAAAGAGAAAACCAAAGAUAAACUAAACCUCAGAUACACAAGGGACGUGUGGGAAGGAAAAGAUGUUGUGUAUUAUCAAAAAUUACAGAAAUUGGAGAAAAGUGCAAUUAAUAUAACGGAAUUUGAAGCAACAAUUGAAGAAUGCCGGUUGACUUUAGCCAAAUAUUUGUGGAACAUCAUGGUAGAAGAAGCCAAUUUGCUGGAACAUUUGCAAUUAGUUCGUGACUAUUUCUGUUUAGGAAGAGGUGAACUGUUUCAGCAAUUCAUUGUUUCUGCUGAAAACAGUUUGAAAGAUAAUCCAUGCACUUCUACAUAG